CGAGGACAGUUAGCUUGUUUGGAUAAUCCAGCGUCUUUUAAGAGGAGACUAAUCCAUGAAAAGAGUUCAAAGUUGACUUUUCUCUUCCCUCGACUCUUGGAUGUUUGUAAAAUGUCCGGUUAUCAGGAUCUUUCAGAUUCCAUUCGACAACAAUCCAGAUGGUCCUUUCGCAUCAGAUCACAGGACUAUACAUCAUGCAGACCUGACAAACCAGAAGAAGCCCAGGAGCACAUGCUCUCAGCUGAAACUAGGUCAUCUAUACUAGCGACUCUCAGGUGACCACCCACAUCAUUAGCAUGUGGAUGGACAACAGAGGAUUUGGAUAACCAUGACCUGGAUGAAUGAGAUCCUACACAGACUUGACAUCUGUCAGCUGGUGGUGAAAGAAGAAGACAUUCUUCCUGAUCAGCAGGAGAGAAGCUGGAGUCUGAGCCAGGAGGAUCCAGAACCGACACGCGUUAAAGAGGAACAGGAGGAACUGUGGAUCAGUCAGGAGAGAGAGACGCUUCAAGGAGAAGAGGAGGAUAACAUCAAUGUGUUCCCGUUCACUGCUGUCACUGUGAAGAGUGAAGAUAAGGAUGAAGAGGAACCUCAGUCCCCACAGCCUGAUGAAAACCAAAGUGAAGAGAACAGAGGCAUAGAGAGUUUGAAAAGUGAAGCUGAUGGAGAGGACUGUGGAGGACCAGGAGCAGAUGGAGACAUGAGUCCAGACAGGCAUUUACAGCCAGUUAGUCCUGAUAAGACUUCAGAUCUUUCUGGAUCUGAGACUGAUGACAGUGCUGAUUGGGAGGAGAGGGGUGCACCUCAGGAAAGUUUAAACUCUCUGAAAAACAAAGAUAUAGCUGCAAGUGAUAUGAAAUGUAACACUGGAGACACAUCAGUUAAAUCCACUGAAUGUGCUCUGAGCGUUGGACAAAAGAAACAGAAAAAGAAACACAAAAGAAACGAUACAGUUGAAAAACCAUUUAGUUGCUCUGUUUGUGGCAAAAGAUAUUCUCUGCGUGGAAACCUGAGGCAACAUACUCUUAUCCACACAGGAGAGAAACCAUUCAGUUGUUCAGUUUGCGGCAAAAGGUUCACACAGAGAGGACAUCUUAAAAACCACUCUGUUGUCCACACAGGAGAGAAACCAUUUAGUUGUUCUGUGUGUGGCAAAAGUUUUACUCUGCUUGAAAAUCUAAAGCAACACUCUCUUAUCCACACAGGAGAGAAACGAUUCAGUUGUUCUGUUUGUGGUAAAAGAUUCACACAAAGAGCACAUCUUAAAAACCACUCCGUUAUCCACACAGGAGAGAAACCCUUAAGUUGUUCAAUUUGUGGUAAAAGGUUUACCCAUAGAGGAGAUCUGAAAAGACACUUUAUUGUCCACACAGGAGAGAAACCCAUAAGUUGUUCCGUUUGUGGUAAAAGAUUCAUCCAGAAAGGAGAUCUAAAAAGACAUUCCACUGUCCACACAGGAGAGAAACCAUUCAGCUGCAGUGCUUGUGAAAAGAGAUUCACUAAGGUGGUGUGUCUCAAAAAUCACAAGUGUGUUGGUAAAACCAGCAACACAUAAACUUUGAGAUACUUGAGAAAUUUUGCCUUUUGAGUGUGCAGGCUAAGUACAACAUUUGUUCUAACCACACAGAGGAGAAACCUUUUAGUUGGUGUUUGUGAUAAAACAUUCAUACAUCUUACACAUUAAAAAAAAAUUGUGCUUCAUAUCUGUUCAGCUAAGAGGAAACCACCUAUUGAUUGAAAUUAUGUUGUUAUUCUUGUAUUUGAUAUUGUUAAAUCCCAUUUAUACCUUAUUACUGUAAAUUGCUAAACGUUGCUCAGUGCUGAACCCAUGAUGGAUUAAUGUUGGAUCUUUGUAAAUAAUAUAACAGAAUAUGGUAGAGGCCUGUUCUUUUAAAAAGUGUAGCUGCAGGAAUUGAAAACAGAAGGCGACAUGUGAAUGUAGGAUGUAAUCAGGUAGAGAGGGUAGUUCAGUUUUGUCUGUGGGGGGGGGAAUUUAAAAGAGGUUGUGUUUUCAGGUAGGCACCAUUCAGGCCAGUUAAAGGGUGCUAAGGACUGGGAGAUGCAGGUAAAUUUGGGAGGUAAAUUUAGGUUGUUGUACCACAGGAGAUAGAUUGCACUAGUUUAAACCCUGACAUGGUUCUAUGGUCUCUCAGUAAGCGUAUAGUUUAUUUUAUAGAGCUGACAGUUCUAUGAGAAGAUUCUGUGGAGGAAGCUGAUGAGAGGGAAAGCUUAGAUGUGCAGAUGUAGGAGCAAAAGAUGAUCAGCAAGGAUGGAAAGUAGGGACUCGUUCAGUAGAACUAGGGUGUUGGAGGUUUGUGGCGAAGUCAGCUGUUUCAUUACUUAGAGAGCUGGGAGUGCAUUGACAGAAUUCCUAAAAGACAGUUGAGGAGAUGUCAGAUGACAGUUCAGAUUAGUCAGUGGAUUUGGAUGAGGAGGAGUAACACCAGCCGGGGCAAAAAAAAAAAAAGUUGUUUCUUGGUUUCUCAUAAUCUGCAUUUUUCUCUCUUCCUUCAUGAAAAGUAGGGAAUCAAGGGAGGUAGAGUCUCAAGCCACAACUGGCUGGGAUGUGCUAGCCCCAUUCAGGGCACCUCACCUUGAGCUCUGCCUCCCUCACCCUAUUUCUAAGCUCUCUCUCAUUUCUCUUGUGUACUUUUGGCAUUUUCAUGUGCAGUGUUUGUACCAGGAAUGUCUCUCUGUAAUUGUAAUUAUGAGUAUUGCUAUGCUAGGUAGUAUCAACAUUGUCACUGCCUGGAGCUUGAAUGUAUGGAGCGUGGGUCUGUUGAAGGGGACAUUGCUGUUUAGGCUGUGUGGGCCAUGUGGUCCAUAAUGAUGUCUCCAUGUUGGCAGAAGUGGGGUGGCUUUGGAGAUCACUGUUCAGCACUCUGGAGGUGCUGUGGGACUAACAGAACAAAACGAUGGCAAAGGAGGGUUACAACUUGACAAUCCUGGCCAAAUGCUGGCUUGUUGCUACCUGUCAGUCUGCACGGUGGACUUGUUGAGGCAAAUAUUAAGGGGCUAGCAAUUCCUUUAAUGAGCGCUGAUACUUUCUGCAGGGCAUAGGUAUAUUGUGUUUAUUCUGGAUUUUAAGUGCCUGUCUUGGGAUAAUACAACCCCAAUUUCAAAGUUCCAAAGUUAGGAUACCAUGUAUAAAAUUUUUGGAAUUUGGUUUUGUAUCUAUUAUGCACGGAUCGAUUGAUUAAUUUAUGAAUUAUUAUUUUGUCAACCUUAUAUUUGUUUUUAAAAUGUAUUUAUACCAUCUGUAUAUAUGUAUUUAAACAUAUGUUACAUUACCUUUACAAAA